AUGAUGGACCAAUUGGAAGGAUCUAUGCUGACUCGCUGCAAGCUACCGCUGUGGCUGGGGCUCCUGCUGCUCCUGGCGGUGGUGGGGCUGCUUGUGCCCCUGAUCUACUUCGCUGUCAGGGCCAACAGCAAGGCCUGUGUGGACGGCCUCCAAGCACAGGAGUGUCAGGAGCACAACCGACACCUGCAGCGCCAGCUAGACCAGGCCUCACGUGAGAAGGAAGCCGAAGCUGCCACCUGCAACCGUACUGUGGUGACCCUGAGGGAGUCUCUGAAGAAGGAGCAGGCCCAGGUGGCAAAGUUUCAGGGAGAGUUGAAGAUUUUGAACCAAACUCUGAAGGACGCGUUGGCCGAUGUGGAGCGACUAAGAAGACAGAAUGAGAACUCCUCCGAAAGCAACGCGUCCAGCUGCUCGAGCUUCCUAUUCGUUGUGAUCGCGGUCUUGGUCCUCAACGCUCCGCUGACAUGAGAUCCCAGAAAGCCGGCCGGCCACAACCUGGACUGGUCUGGCUCCUUCUCUGCUUCCCUGUGUGAGGCUCCUGACUUGGCCAGUUCUGAGGGGACCACAUGGCAAC